AUAAAUAAUUUAUUAAUAUAAUAAUAAUAAAAAAAGAAAAUUUAAAUUAUGGCUGAGCAACUUAUAAAUACAAAUAAGAAAAUCGUUAAUUUAUUUUCAAAAGCAUCAGACUGUUCAUAUGUGUCUUGUUAUUGUGAGGAAAAUGUUUGGCAUCUUUGUAAGGAUAUACAGGAGCGUCAUGUACAAGAAAUUCAACAUUGUUAUGUGGUAUUUAUAUCAAAUUCUAGUCGAACGGUGCCCUUAUGGCGUCAAAAGUCUGGACGUGAUGAAGAUAAACUUGUAAUAUGGGAUUAUCAUGUAAUCAUGUUAUAUCAUCCACAACCAGAUCGAUGUUUAGUCUUCGAUUUGGAUUCUGAAUUACCAUUUCCAACAUACGUUCAUAAAUAUGUUACAGAAACAUUUCGAACUGAUCAUAUUUUAAAACCUGAUUAUUUUAGAUAUUUUCGUGUGAUUACCGCUGAAGAAUUUUUACAAAAAUUUGCAUCUGAUCGAAGACAUAUGAAACGGCCAGAUGGUACUUGGAUUAAACCCCCACCACCAUAUCCAGCAAUUGGUACUGCAGAAACUACGCACAAUUUAGAUGAUUUCAUUCAAAUGGAUCCAGGUAAAGGUCCUGGACAAGUGUACAAUCUAACACAAUUCGUUCAACGGUUUUACAGAACGUCCAUUAAUUCUUAAGGUAUUUCAGCAGCACUGUUUGCAACUUGGAUGCAAAUCAUUAUAAUUUUGUGUUGUUACCUGCGCGCGCAUACUAUGGCAUAAAAAUUUUGUAAGGUAUACGGCACAGCAAUUUACACCAUACAUUUUACCUUAAAACUUUUUUCAAAAUGUUCAAAAAGCUAAAAAAAAAUUAUUGUUACUACAAAAAAAAUAAUUAUAUAAAUGAAAACAAAAGAUUUUGUGUGACGUCAUGUGUUUUUUGAGGGUUGCGAGGAUAAGGAUUUUACAUAACUCUUAAGCGUUGAUCAAAUUCUACUCGAUUUAUCAUGCCUAUCCUGUUUGUUUUUUCUAUGGACCAAUAUCGAGUAUCGUUUUUGAGUAGAACUUUUAGCUAUUUGCAAAUUUUUAAAUAGAAAACUUUUUCGAUCUUAAAUUCUUCAUUCAAAAGAAUUAAAUUUUGUAAUUUUGAUUAUUAAUUCAGUUCUGCCGCGUAGUCAAGGUAGAUAAGCUUAUGUUUCCCUAGUUCAUGAAUAAACCUUAGUUUGUCCAUAGAACUAGGUAGCUAGGUAGCAUGGACUAGGUAGCAGAGAUAUUUUUAAACGUCAUAAACCCUUUAAAAACGACUCUUUUGUAUACUUCUGGCGUCUAGCUUCUUCAUAAUUCAUUAUAUUUAAAGUGUGAUAAAAAUUUAAAAAACAAAAGACAAUCAACUUACGACGUUUUAAAUUUAAGGAU